UCAACCCCAUAUAGUCUGGAAAUACGACUUCAACAAAAUCCACCAAAAGCAUAGAAGACAGAGACGCGUGAUGCCAAUACCAGACUUGUAUAUUACUUUCCAUCUUGACCUGAUGAUGACCACCGCAGAAUACAUUAAAAACCCGCUCCGAGAGGAUCAUAUUUCGGCUGACAAAGACAAAAUUAGAGAUCAUUUUUCAGCGAAGUUUUCUUGAUUGCUAAUACGGCCUCGUCUCUCAAAGCAAAUAUCAGUUGUCAACCACGCAUCACUUAAAUGCCCACUGUACGACUUGUAGCUCAUUGCUCCCUCUAUAUAGAAAACAAUACCUAAUCAGUAACCAUUGGUCUCCACGAUCCUCUUUCUCUUAUGUUGAUUGAGAGCUGAGUUGAUGGGAUAGCAACCUGUUAGUGACCUUCCUGGGUGGUCCAAUUCCUCCUAGCCAAACUAGUGCAGACGACCUUUAACAGGAUUCUCACGAACAGAUUGGAAUGCCCACAACACUGAUGGAGAAUUCAACCCCUGGUUGGAUGGCCGAUGAUAGCCAAAUGGAAGAGACGCAUCCUGCAUUCCCUCUUAUUGGUGGAUACUUGCUAGUGGUCGUUCUUCUUGGGACUGCAGGCAACAGCCUGGUCAUCUACACGUUCCUCCGAUUCAAGAAGCUCCAUAGCCCCAUCAACCUCCUCAUCGUUAACCUCUCCGCUAGCGACCUGCUCGUUGCGACUACGGGCACACCGUUGUCCAUGGUCAGUAGCUUCUACGGUCGAUGGUUGUUCGGAACAAACGCGUGUGCAUUCUACGGAUUCGUGAACUACUACUGCGGAUGCAUAUCUUUAAACAGCCUCGCAGCAAUAUCCGUGUUCCGGUACAUCAUUGUCGUCAGGGGUCAGGCUCAGAACAAUAAGUUAUCCCUGCGCUCUAGCAUCUAUGCCAUCUUGGUCAUUCACCUUUACACGUUGAUAUUCUCGACGCCACCGCUUUACGGUUGGAACCGCUUCGUUCUGGCUGGAUACCACACCAGUUGUGACAUCGAUUUCCACACUAAGACUCCGCUUUUUGUGUCAUACAUCUGUUACAUGUUCUUCUUUCUCUUCUUUUUACCUCUUGGCCUCAUCUCCUGGAGUUACUUCAAGAUCUACCAAAGAGUGAGCAAACAUUCGAACUCUAUGCGGACGAGUUUCACCGGCGUCACGAAAGAGAUCAACAGCGACGAGAAACACGCGUGGCUGGAGAAAAUGAAGACCACUCAGAUACUGCACAAACCUGUGACUUUUCUCCGCUUAAAAUCGAGUUUCGAACCUAGGUUCAAACCUAGGUUCAAACGUAGAUUCAACCACAGGAGAACUGCCUCUACACUCUUCGUUACUAUUGUAGUGUUUUUAUUUGCAUGGUUUCCUUACUGCAUUGUCUCUCUCUGGGUUCUCAUAGGAGAUGCAAAUUCGAUAUCAAAGUUGUCCACAACGAUUCCCUCUCUUUUCGCAAAGUCAUCGGUCAUAUACAACCCGCUAAUUUACGUUGUGCUGAAUUCAAAGUUCAGGAAGGCCUUGAUUCAGACGUUGUCAUUCUUAAAGUGCCUUUCCAAACAUGAAUUGAGCGAAUCGAGUUGAGAGGUACGAACCACGAGCCACGUUCCUGGGGGAAUACAUUCAAACCAACUAACUUUGCUCGGACGAUAUUAUGAUCUACGUUAGAUAUUAACUAACUCCCGAUUCCUAGAUAAUUUCCAUACAACCCACUAGCACAAUUCAGUGGGCAUUUGUAGGAGACAGAGAGAGGUGACCAUGAUGUUUAAUAUCAUGAGGUUACGUGGAAGGACGUCGCCCCCACAACUUCAAUGUGGACAGUGGUAGUUUUAUCAAAUUUGCCGCCAAAUUGGCCUAAAUUUCCCAUCAAGCAAAAUAUACAAGUGAAUUAAGGGAAAGGCAUUCAUAAAAAUGAAGUGGAACGAAUGUUUUAUUUUAUAAAAGAAUGAAAGCAUUUUUUUUUAGCAAUUUACCGAUCUAUUUGGUGCAAUAUAACUCCAGAUGAAUUGGAUUACAUUUUGGGUGUAAAAAUUAUUAUUACAUAGUACAUGGAAACUUGUUUACUUUAAAAAUAUAAGACGGUUUAUAUAUAUAUAUUUCCCGGUUUGAUUUGGCUUAUACUGCUGUAUACAUACCGCGUGGUAGAACUUAACCCUGGUACUGUGAUCUGAUUAUAGUCCUAUUUUGUACCAUCAUGCUAUGUAAUGGGCAUUCACAAAUAUUGGAUAUUUAUAUAGCGCACAUAACACCAUGCAUUGUGCUAAAGGAGCUCCAACUAUUAAAUACCCCGGCUCUGCUAUAUACGCACCCAAUUUCGGCACUUAUAUAUCAUUCAUGAAUUCCUUCCAACCGGUACCCAUUUAAACACCUGGGUGGAGAGUGGCAAAAUGUAGAUUGAUAUGUCAGUUGAUUUUCAUUACUAAACCUAAAUUGUAUUUUUACCCUUAAUGUAAAAUUCGUUAGUACAAAGGAAUCUCGUAAUAUUAUUACUGUUAUUACUAUUAUUACAAAAUUCAAAAGCUUACACUAUUGCAGAAGAAGAAUAUUCGUAUAAUAUCCGGAAUGCACUAUCGUUCCCAUACUGGUCCCGUCUUUAAACAUAUUAUUUUCUUGAGAUUCAGUGAUAUCAACUUGCACCAACAAGGUAUUUUCAUGUAUAAAAGCAUGAAUAACAUCUUCCCAUCACAAUUUAGUGAUCUUAUCAAUUUUCAAUGCAACUCGGAAACCCAUACGUAUAAUACGAGAAGCGCUAGCUGCCAACAUUCAUCUCCCUAAACAUAGAACCCCAAGAUUUAAAUUUGAUAUUCGAUACUCUGGGCCAAAAUUUUGGAACACCUUACCAUCUAUCCUACAUAAGUUGCUCUCCUUGCAGACUUUUCCCCGUAAGGCAAAAAUGUAUUUUAUUGCUCAAUAGUAAUACCCUCGCUUGUAUUUAUGUGCGAAAAUGACUUCUUGUUGAAUUCAAUAACAUGACUGUUAUAUGACAGAUUAUUUUUUUAGUUUGAUCACUUACGUACACGCCCCAUCUGUAUAUUCCCCCAGGACAAUGCUGUCUGAUGAAGCUGUUGUUUGUUUGUUGAUUUUGCUUG